AUGGAUUCUGACGCAGAUUUAGAUGAAGCUAUAGAGCGAUAUCAAAAAGCUCUUGAAGCUCAUCAUGCAGGAGAUCAGUCACAAUCUUCAACUCUGAGUGGACUGGGUUGUGCUCUCGUCUCUCGAUACCAACGAUCAGGAAUCGAUGACGCCGAUCUCCAGCUCGCGAUAACGUACCAUCGCAAAGCGUUAGAAUCCAGGCCAGAGGGUCAUCCGGAUCGUGACAUCUCCCUCAACAAUCUAGGGGCUGCCCUAUGGCUGCGAUUCAAACUCACGCGUGAUCAGAUUGAUCUUGAGGAAGCUAUCUUGCACCACCGUGAAGCCCUAACUCUCAGACCGGAGGGCGAUGAAAAUCGUUCGUCCUCCCUUUGUAAUCUUGCGGCAGGGCUGCUGGUGCGUUACGAGGAAACAGGACAACUCGAUGAUCUGAACACCGCGAUUAAGUUGUAUGAACAAGCAUACACGGAGGACGAUGCAACCUCGCUCGAUAACUUGGCUGUCUCGUUACGGACACGAUUCCGCAGGGAGGGAAAUGUUGAUGACAUUGAGCGAGCACUUGGCUUACAAUUGAAAGCCCUUCCACUCCGCCCGUUCAAUCAUCGAAAUCGCGGUGAUUCCCUGAGCAAUAUGGGGCUAACGUUACAUGAUGGGUUUGAACUCACGCAUGAGAUAGAUGCGUUGAACUCUGCGAUCUCAUAUCACCUCGAAGCCUUAAAAUAUCGCACAGUGGGAAAUUGGGAUCGUCCUUCCACCCUCAAUGAUGUUGGUCAUGCCUUGCACGCUCGAUAUCAAGCGCAAUGCAAUUUGAGCGACCUCGAAGAGGCCAUAUCCCACCAUCGUGAAGCUCUUCAGCUCACGUCCUCUGCCCCUCGCGAUUCUCUUGAUAGAUUCACCUGCGCGAAUGCUCUAGCAUGCUCCUUUUGGCUUCAUUACCACCGCUUCGGCGUUGCCGAUAGUCUGGAAAAAUCCAUCAUUAACCAUCGCGUUGCUCUGGGUCGUGCUUCCUCAACAAAGGAUCGUGUCACAUCAUUGUCAAACUACGGUGUCUCGCUCCUGGCGCGCUUCAAACGGGACGGUAAUCUCGUCGAACUAAAUGAAGCCAUUACAUCACAGCGCAAUGCCCUUAGGUUGUGUCCCACGGAGGGUUCUAUGCGUUCAGCACCGUCCCGUCAAUUAGCACUCGCUCUUGAGAAACGGUUUUUGGACAGUGGCAAUGUAGGUGAUUUGGAAGAAGCAACGUUGCUUCAUCGGAGUUCCGUUAUCCAUGAACCUCCAGAAUCGAGCUCAAGACACAUCGCUUUAAGCAAUUUAGGAAACAAUCUUCUGCUUCUUUACGAACAGAAUGGGGAUCUUCAGGCUCUCAAGGAAGCUAUCAAAAUUCACACCGACGUUCUCUCAAAAUUAAACCCAACUCACGCGGAUUAUGCUACAGCUCUCGGUUGUCGGGGGGCCUCACUACGAAGUCGUUACGAGGAAUUCGGAGAUCUUCAGGAUUUGGCUGAAGCCGUAGAGUUGCGCACUCAAGCUCUGCAAUUUGAAUCCAGUGAUCUUAGUCGGGCAAUCAUUCACAACGACAUAGGAAAUAUCUAUUGGCUCAGAUAUGAACGCCUGGGUAAUCCUUUUGACAUUCAUGCUUCGAUCUCCCAUUUCAGGGACGCGGUGGCUUUGUCCAGAACCUCACCACACUAUAUGGAUUUUCUCUUGAUAAAUCCUACAAUUGAAAGCCAACGCGAUUUUUUGAUUCACCUCCCAAAAUCUCUGGCUUGUGAUGCAUGUGCCUGUGCUAUUGAGUCCGGGGAAAUCGAAAAAGCUGUUGAACUUCUUGAAUUGGGACGAGUUAUUCUGUGGAACCGGAUGCGGGGAUAUCGCCAUACAAUGGAUGGUCUUCGAAAAUCUCAUCCAACCCUGGUGAAAUAUUCCUCGCCGUUCGAAUUGAAGAUGCGCAAUCAGCGGCUUCUUUUACAGCAGUGGGACGAAGUCGUGACAAAAAUCAGAAUGCUCCCUGGACAUGAUGGUUUCUUGAAACCUAUUCCUUUUGACACCCUUCAGUCUGCGGGUGCGGAAGGCCCUGUCAUCAUUGUAAACCUAAGUGAGCGAAGAUGCGACGCGAUUAUUCUUGUCCAAGGUCGGCCACCAGUACUCGUCCCCUUGCAAUCUAUCUCUGUUGAUGCUGUUGAAGCUAUGAAUCUGUGGAAUAUGCGUUUGAACAAGAUUCAAACGGUUCUCAGGAAUUUGUGGAAACACGUCGGAUACCCGAUCCAUCAGCAACUGCUUGAAAUCAAUGUGCAGGAGAUGAGCCGUAUAUGGUGGUACCCAACGGGUCAGCUAUGUGCUUUGCCUAUUCACGCAGCUGGUCCUUACCAUGUGGAGAUGAAGAAUAUCCCUGAUCUUUACAUCUCAUCCUACACGCCGACUCUAUCGUCCCUAAUUUCCGCCCGUGCGGUUAAAGACCUCGCCACUAGCCCGUCGUUCCUCGCCAUCGGAGUGCCCGAUAAUACUUUGCGGUCCGCGGAAGAAGAGAUAGCAAAGAUUAAGAAUUACAUUCCAGAUGUGAAGGUUAUGAUUGGUGAACAAGUCACUCGUGAUCCGCUACUGUGCGCUCUUCGCCAACAUUCUUGGGCACAUUUUGCUUGUCAUGGUCAUUGGAAUGCACGCCAGCCCUUCCAAUCCUGCUUUGAACUCUUCGGCAAGGAAUCAAUAUCUGUCCUAGAACUUGCGAAAGAGCGACUGACGCACGCAGAAUUUGCGUUUCUGUCUGCCUGUUUCGCCGCCACCCCUGACCUCGCCGGGGCCCCAGAUGAAGUCAUUCACCUCGCUUCGGCAUUGCAAUUCUCUGGGUUUCGUAGUGUGGUCGGAACUCUAUGGGAAUUGAUUGACAAGGAUGCUCCUCAGUUGGCGAGCGAUUUUUAUCAGGAUCUGGUUCAAGAAGGAAAGGACAAACUCGACUUCAAAGACACCGCUCGCGCUCUUAGCUUAGCCGUGAAUAAAUUGAGGGAGAAGCCCAAUAUGACGCCAAACAGAUGGAUACAGAUAAUUCAUAUUGGGGGAUAA